AUGAGUAUUGAUCUUUUUACUCCCCAACUUAAACCUAAAGAUGAUCAACAGAUAAAAGUUGUCAUUUAUGUUAAAGACGUUGUAUCUGCAUCUCAUAUUUUAAGCAAUUUAGAUAGAAAUAGCACAUUGGAAGAUACACGAAAAUUAUUGUCUCAGAUUAAAGAAGUCUUUGUCGGUUGGCAGAAUACCUUUUUUCUUAAAGGGUUUCGAAGAAUUCAUCAUAGUUAUGAGGAUACUUGUAGAGUUGAAGAUAUUUUAGUUCAAGAACCUGAAGUUUAUUCUUUGCAUAUAGAAAAAGAUGAAUCAAUCCCUUGUGUUCCUGAGCUAGUGCACCUGCUUAAAAUAGAUCGAGGACUUAGAAAACUUGAUAAUAACAUGAUAAUUAUAGCAAAUAUGCCAGCGUUCUAUAUAAAAGAUCUACAUAUGAAGGAGAUUAUUAUCCAAAAUAAACUUGAAUCUUAUUGUCAAAAAGGCUCAAUAUUAUUAUCUUAUAAAGAAUUGGAGGCAACAAAUGAAUAUAUUGAUGCUAUUAAAGAUGCAUUGAAUGAGGAUUACACUGAUAUCCAAAAAGUAGCUAAGUUAAAAGAAAUUGGUAAUGAGGUGCAAGAAAUUAAACUUGGUGGUAAAUCGCUAGACGAUAAACAUACUAAUUUUAGGAUUAUUGGCGGUAACGUAAAUGAUAUGAUUGAAGAUACAUCUAAGUGGAUAAAAUCCUUAGAGUUUUAUAAGACAUGGGCGAUUAUUGAAUAUGGAGAUAAAUUUUCACUUUAUGAAUUAUUAUCAGAAGAUUUGCAAUUAAAAAUACGACAGCUUAUUGGUAUGAGAAACUACAAAAUAUUUGCUUCAACCUUUAACAAGGAAAAUAAGGACCCAUUUAAAAAUGUAUUCAGCAUUCGCAUAGAUUAUCAAAAUGACAAAAGUCCAUAUUUUGUAAUUCACCGCAUUGGUAAGGUUCCUAGUAACCACCCACAAAUAGAUCUCUUAAUUUCUUGGAUAGUUAUUGGACACGAAAAGAACUUUCCGAUUCAACCUAUUCCAAAUAACACUGGUCUAGAAUAUAUUUGGACCAAGGAUCAUAAAAAUGCAGAAAUUAAAUUGCAUAGACCAAUUCCAUAUGAUUAUUGUUUGAUAGGCACAUGUGUUUUACGUUGUGACCAAAAUCCUAGUUAUUUAUUUGGACAAUCUGGAACUAUUAUUAGCUAUCAUUUUUGCCAAUCAAAUGAUGAAGUAUCAAUAAAAACAUGUUGUAACCAAAACAACAUACAUAAUAUUAAAGAAACGUUAGAUUUUGAAAUCAACUGUACUGUGCUAAGUAAAAACAAUUCUGGUGGAUUACGUCCUAGUAUUAUUAACGCUCCAUCUAUUCAAGUUUGGAAAAGGCCAAAAUGGAUGCCUUUUGCUUCAGGAAGCCUUUUUAUUGGAAAUGAAUGGGAGCUGCCAUAUAACGAUCUUGUUUUUGCAAGCCUUGUUUAUUUACAUUCUUCAGGUGACACAUGUACACAUUUUUUUCUAAAUAUUAAUCAGAAAUAUCCAACUAUCAAAUCGCUAGACAAUGCUGGUAACCCUGAUUGUCAAGUUUCUUAUAUUGCAUUUUAG